AUGUAUAUCCUCAAGUGUUUAGCCCUUCUAGGAGGCGUCGCAGUCUAUGCAAGCCCAACGUCUUCAAAUCCUGACCCGGCCCCGUCUUCUUCCUCUCCCGUUGCCAAUAAUAGCCAUGCACCUUCCGUUUCUCCAGAUCAAGUUCAGAACCUCCGGGCCACGAUGAAACCUUCCGAUGAUAAGAAAGGGUGCUAUAUUGACUUCGAUAUGCCAGCCCUAAACUGCGUGGACAAGACGGAUCAAUUACUCGACUAUGGCUAUCCUUGGCCCCAUGCUUGCUGGGGCGAAUUCCACGAGGGAGUGGCCCCAGAAACAGAAUUCACCAGACGAACUGUCUGCGGCGAUGGCAUCGCAACCCUCCAAUGGAAAAGCGGGGAGCUUGUGUUCUCCAAUUCCAAGUCGGAAGUCGUGCGCUUCCAGUUUAACAACGAGGUCGACGCCAAAUAUGCUCGGUAUCGCGAGGGGGUGACGGGGGAGCCUACCCUCGGUCCCAAGGAAUAG